AUGAAUUCAGAGGCGGAGGAGAUGCAAAGCCUCCGUCCAGACGUGGGCUUCCUGCAGGAGGACGGCUGCCAGUCAUGCUCCGCUCUCGGAGGACAGCUGAUGGUGUCAGAUCUCUUCAGGCUGAGCUGUUCCCUGCCCAAGAGGCCCCACUUCGGGGAGGUGUCGGUGCUGGACCUGCUGCCUGGAGGCACCGCCCGCUUCCACUGCCACAUGGGUUACCACCUGCAGGGGGCGCCGCUGCUCACCUGCCUCAACGCCUCGCUGCCCGUGUGGAGCGGCCCGGUGCCCAGCUGCAGGGCUCUCUGUGGAGGAACCGUGAAAAACGCCACAGUAGGGCGGGUGCUGUCCCCUUCCCCCCACCACGGGCCUUAUGCCACCCAGGACCGCUCGUGCUCCUGGUCCCUGGAGGCCCCCAAGGACCAGAGGCUGCACCUCCACCUGGAGAGACUGGCCCUGGGAGCCACCGACAGUUCCAACCUCGUGUGUUUUCAUGCUAUGUUGUGUGUUUUCAUGGGAAUACGGAUAGGCAGGGGGGAAGAGAUGGGUCUUGAGGCUGGACUGCAAGAUGUGCAGCUGGAAGACGCCCAUGCCCAGGUCCGCUGCAGACCGGUAGUAGACGGACAGGGUGUUGGUGGGACUGCGGAUCACCUGACCCUCCACCAGCAGCGUGUGAUUGGCCAGGACCAGCACGGCGCCUCGUUCAUCGGCACCCCGGAUGGACAGCUGCUCGCCCUCCGACAGGUUCACACUCUUCACCUGAACACACAGGGAGACACUAAGUGGGACGACAUCGCACAGCUUUCUGAAGUGGUGGCUUUGAAAAAAUCUGAUGAAUGCUGCGUGGCCUACAGCCAGACGCUCGUCUGCAAUGCGAGACUAGAUGUUCCACACAAGUGGGCGUCUGCCGGCUGGUCACGUGACGGCGGCUACCAAGCUCCGUCCAAUCACCGGCAGUUGCAAGUUGAGUUUAGCCAAGAACAGGUCACUGUGAGCAGGCUUCAGGGGACCAAGAGGUGGCGGUAUGACUUUGAGACGGGUGCAGAGCUUCAGGAGAUGACGGAGCAGGGCAUAGGAGUGUAUCCGAGAAAAAAGCGGCUCGGUGUCGUUCCAGUACGGGUCCCUCGCGCUGAUGCACUCGAUGACGGGGGGGCCCUGCUCCAGAGCGUGACCCGCGUCGCAGGUGAACUGGACCACGGCGCCGACCCCGUACAGCGGGUCCGAGGUCGUGAAGUUCCCGUUCUGGAGAUCCGUGAUGAACUGGAUCCUCACCGCGGGUCCUUCACUGAUCACGCCCUCGAAGGGGAUCUGCCCGCUCCGGCCCGAGUCGAACAGAACCACGGAGCCGGCGUCCAGCCCGCUCCACAAUUGAACAUCAGCGACAGCGACAUGGUGACCAUCACCGACGGCGACGAGGUCGCGGCUCGCAUCCUGGCCCGGUACGUCGGGGGGACCGGCCCCUUCAAGCUCUCGUCCACCACCCCCGACCUGACGGUCACCUUCCACUCAGACCCAGCGGGGCUCGUCUUCGGGAAGGGAGAGGGCUUCAUCAUCAACUACAUGGUCAUGUACUGCUCGGAUCCUGGCCACGUGGAGCACUCCACCAGGUCUCUUUCCGACCCCAAACUCUUGGUGGGGACGACCAUUCAGUACAGCUGCAAGCCCGGCUUCAUCCUGCAGGGCGGCGCCACCGUCACCUGCUACGGCCGCGAGCCGGGGACCCCUGUCUGGACGUCCCGACUCCCCCACUGUGUCUCCGAGGACUCUGUUUCCUGUGAGAACCCGGGUCUCCCUGACAACGGCUACCAGAUCCUGUCCAAGAGGCUCUACCUGCCCGACGAGUCACUCACCUUUGUCUGUUACCAAGGUUACGAGCUCAUUGGCGAGGUUGCAGUUAAAUGCAUCCUCGGGAACCCGUCGUUUUGGAGCGGCCCACUUCCACUCUGCAGGGGUGAGAAUUUUGCAGUUUUUUUUUUUUUUUUUUUUUUUAAUACUUUAAAGAGUGCGUGCGAAUGGAUUUAUGCAUGCACACGAUAUUCAUCAAAGUCUUUUUUUUGCCCCAUGCUUGUUGAUACAGAUGAAUCAUGCCUCUACGCAUCGUUGUGUCUGUUUUCCCUCAUCCUCUCUUUUAGGUGCCGAUAUCACUCCAACUUGAGGCUUCCUCUGAUCUACCCAAACCCUUACCGACAGAUCACCGUGGAGACAGAGUUUGACAACCCGCUCUAUGAGACCGGAGGAGACACUCGUGAAUAUGAGGUGUCGAUAUGAGAAGACGUUCCUGACCCGAGAACCGCCCCGCCCCGUGUUGACUCUUCGUCCCGUCCUCCCUCCGUCUCCGCCCAGGAGGAGGCGAUGUAAAUACAGAACGACGAUGUCCGUCCCCUUCUGCCGCGAGACGCGGUGAUCGGUUCUGUCCUCUCCUUCAGCUUCGGAAGACUCGGUGGGGAAACAGGAGAAGAGAGACGGACCAGAGUCAGUGUUGAACUUUUUGUGGAUCGGUGUCGCCGGGAGAUGGCGGGAGGACGGAGGGGAGAAAGACCCAAAAAACCAUCGAAGAACAUCGAACACGGUGAAAAAAAGAGGAGAUGU